AGGUUUGUCCCAGGACAGCAGGAAGAAGGCAUUAUCCUGGAGGAUAAACUUCCCUGUACCGAAGACCCCAGUGGAAAUAAUUUGCGAAUGGGAUGAACCCGCCUUUGCUGAGUCCUCAUCACCAUCGAACGAGAGAAUAACAGCAUCCAUCCGGGGAUCUUCACUAGUUAUGUUUCCAUUUUUACAACACCCAAUUUGAGUUUGCGUGUCCUUAAAAAAGAAUUCAAAGUGGAGUACCGUAAACUUGAUAUGGAUGGCAAAAAGAAAGACAAAGACAAACCUGAUGAAAGAAUGGCCCGACCUAGUGGCCGAUCAGGUCACAACGCACGUACUGGCUCUUCGAACUCUGGAGUAUUGAUGGUCGGGCCUAAUUUUAGAGUUGGGAAAAAGAUUGGAUGUGGCAAUUUUGGAGAACUGCGAUUAGGGAAAAAUCUCUACACAAACGAAUAUGUGGCAAUUAAACUGGAACCUAUGAAAUCCAGGGCACCACAGCUGCAUUUGGAAUAUAGAUUCUACAAGCAAUUAGGAUCUGUUGAUGGCGUACCUCAGGUUUAUUACUUUGGUCCAUGCGGUAAAUACAAUGCCAUGGUGCUAGAAUUGCUGGGGCCAAGUUUGGAAGACUUAUUCGACUUGUGUGACAGAACAUUUUCCUUAAAAACUGUACUCAUGAUAGCCAUACAACUGAUUUCCCGCAUGGAAUACGUUCAUUCAAAGAACUUGAUAUAUAGAGACGUAAAGCCUGAAAAUUUCUUGAUAGGUCGUCCAGGAAACAAGAACCAGCAAAUAAUUCACAUUAUAGAUUUUGGCUUGGCCAAAGAAUACAUAGACCCAGAAACAAAGAAGCACAUACCUUACAGAGAACACAAGAGCCUUACAGGAACAGCUAGAUACAUGAGCAUUAAUACACAUUUAGGAAAAGAGCAAAGUAGAAGAGAUGACUUAGAAGCAUUAGGACAUAUGUUUAUGUAUUUUCUACGAGGGAGCCUACCCUGGCAAGGACUAAAGGCUGACACGUUAAAAGAAAGGUAUCAGAAAAUUGGAGAUACGAAGCGAGCAACUCCAAUUGAAGUGCUUUGUGAGAAUUUCCCAGAAGAAAUGGCCACGUAUCUGCGCUAUGUAAGAAGGCUAGAUUUUUUUGAAAAACCGGACUAUGACUACUUAAGAAAGCUAUUUACAGAUUUGUUUGAUCGAAAGGGAUAUAUGUUUGACUAUGAAUAUGACUGGACUGGGAAGCAACUACCCACACCAGUUGGCUCCAUUCAUGCAGAUCCAGCUCUUUCAUCAAACAGAGAAGCACAUCAACACCGAGAUAAGAUGCAGCAAGCCAAAAAUCAGUCGGCAGACCACAGGGCAGCUUGGGACUCCCAGCAGGCCAACCCCCACCACCUAAGAGCUCACCUAGCAGCAGACAGACAUGGUGGCUCGGUACAGGUUGUAAGUUCUACAAAUGGUGAGCUGAAUACAGAUGAUCCCACAGCCGGACACUCAAAUGCACCCAUCACUGCCCCAGCAGAAGUUGAAGUCCUAGAUGAAACAAACUGCCAGAAAGUGUUGAACAUGUGGUGCUGUUGCUUUUUCAAGAGGAGGAAAAGGAAAACCAUUCAACGUCACAAAUGACUUUGGAAAAGGGCAGACCAUGGGGAAUUACUCACUUGUUCAUCUGCUGUCCUGUGAUAACACACAAAAAAUCAUCUCCACAAUGACCAUGUUUUGUUAUUUUCUUCCCCCUUUUACAGCAUCAUGUUCCCAUGCUUCUGUCUUGCAUACAUUUUCUGAUGUCCAACCUUUAGAAGCUUUAAAGUUUUGUCAAAAUAGGAUUCUUUAUAGUAAAAGGACCAAUUGUGUGGUACAGACUUAAGUUACUGUCUUCAGCCAAAUGCAGGUUUUACCAUCACUGGAAACUGCUAGCUGUUCAUUGAUGGAUACGUCGUCGACAAGCUUUUUCACAUGCAAACAGUGGCUAAAGAUUGUCUGCUAAAGCUUUAAUAUAACACACUAAAAGUCUUUUCCCUUUGGAGAUUUGCAGUUCAUUAUUGGCAGAUAUUUACAGUAUUACUGAAAUGGUACUGUGUUAAUCAGUAGUUAGCAUUACCUUUCUCUCUCAUUGUUUAAAUGGUACAACCACUGCCCAGAGGUACACCGGAUGAACCUGUCUGGACGUGAUUGGGGAUAAUGUACAAAAGCAAUCAGACACAGACUCCUAAGCAGUAAAUAUAAUAGUUCUUUAUGUUGUACCUCUCGCAGUGAUAGAGAGAACUAGAAGCAGCAAGGACUUUAGUCCUAAUUGUACAUGAUGUAAUUUGUGCUUCUUGGUAAUGUUUUGGUAAC